UGCACCGAGGGAGCGCGGUAGACCAGUUGCGGAAUCACUCGCGGUGCGUGGCCGCUCGCGUGUUCCACGACGAGGAAGCGAUCGUUCUCACCUCGCGGUCCGUUCUCACGCGGAUUCCCCGGAUCCGCGCGAGUGUCUGUGCGCGAUCAUUUGAGACGGUCUCAUCCGCGAGUGCGUGAAUGCCUCCGCACGGAAAUAGCGGUCUUGGUGGUGCGUUCACUGUGCUCCCUGGUGCGUCGCGCUUGACCACUUGAGUGCGCGACUCGGACGGGCACUCUCACGACACUCUCGCAAAGUACACGAGGCGGCACGCGAUCCGUGAAUCUGCGUGGAUCGCCGCGUGCGAGUUCGCAAAGGGUGGAUUGUGUUCUACUUACAUAAAUAACGACGGGAGACCGAUCUCACGGGUUUUAUCAACAGCCAAGGGGAGCGUGUUUCGAGCAGCGGAAGAUAAUAAAGAUCUCUCAGGAUGGAGCGAUGACCGGUGACACAUGGUGCCAUUGAUGAGCGGCGGGAUGCUGCGGAUCCGGCAGUCGCAAUCGAUUCGCGUCGAGCCGUGAAACAUAUAUUCCGCGAUACGAAGCGCCGAUAAAAGGCGACGGAUUAUCAGGAUGAGCGGGAUGAAGAAGGCGAUCGGGGGCUCCAUUCACAGGAUACGGGAGUUCGAACUCGAGAAGGUGAAUCUGAUAGACGAGUUCGACAUCCUGCAGAUCGUCGGCGAGGGAUGGUUCGGCAAGAUCCUGCUGACUGAGCAUCGCAGCACGCAGACCGAGAUGGUGCUGAAGGCGUUGCCGAAAGCGUACACCGGUAUCUCGGACUUCUUUCGGGAGUUCCAUUACGGGCUGCACCUGUCGGCUCACAGGAACAUCAUAACUACGUACGAUGUGGCAUUCGAAACUGCUGGCUUCUACGUUUUCAGUCAGGAGUACGCUCCGCUCGGCGAUCUCACGUCGAACGUGACGGAGACCGGGCUGGGCGAGUUGCACGCGAAGAGGGUGGCCAGGCAGCUCGCCGCCGCGGUGCAACACAUACACAGUCGCGAGCUGGUGCACCGCGACAUCAAGCUGGACAACAUCCUCGUGUUCCGCAGCGACUUCUCGCGCAUCAAGUUGUGCGACUUUGGCGAGACCAGGCGGGUAAACACCGUGGUGCGAAGGCACAACGAGUGGCUGCCGUACUCGCCCCCCGAGGUACUGCAGAUCGACACUGACGAGACGUACAAAGCUCGCAUGUCACACGACGUCUGGCAAUUCGGCAUUGUCCUAUUUGUCUGCCUGACCGGAUGCCUGCCAUGGCAGAAAGCGGCGUUGGACGACCCGCGCUACACGAGAUAUCAAAACUGGCACAACGCGACACUCAACAUCGCCAAGAAACCGAAAUUAUUUCAGCUGAUCAGCUCGCGGGCGCAGAGAAUGUUCAAGAGGCUAUUGGACCCGAAGGCUGAGAAGCGGCCGGCCAGCGUGUUGGAGGUAAAUAAAUACUUGGAGGACAGAUGGUUGGCGAAACUCGGGGCCGAGAAGGCUCUGAACGGCGGCGCCGACGAACGGGACGAGCUCUGCCCGUCCAUGUACAGCUUCCACAGCUCUCUGGAGGAGAAGAACCAACUGCUGCACACUCUCACGACGUACGGCAUCGAGACGACGGUAGACCGGUCGAAGAAGAAGGACCGCAUCCGGGAGUGGAUACAGGCGAGCGCGAUCGUCGAGGAGAACGAAGGCGACGAGUCAGACAUAUGCGAGGACUCGGAAUUCUUCGAGGACGAGGAGAACGAGAGCGAGGAUGCAGAGCCGAUUUCGAUGAGGGGCAGGCACUUUCCGGAGCGGCGUCCGAGCGCCGCGGUGCCAAACGACGUUAGGAAGAACAGACGUAGAGCCUCGUCGAGUCGCGCCGCGUCGAGAGGGCGGACUUCCGCCUCCGCCAAGCCCGUCGAGAGGAAGAUACCCUUCGCUCCCCAGGUGGCCGAGGAGCGGGAAACGAUCGCGCGUUUCGCCAGCUUCCCCAAUGGAGACCCGAGCCUCGCCACCGUGGAAAAUCGCGGCCUUUCGACGAACGUAACGCCCGAUGUGUCGUCGCCGACGAAAUCAGUCACCAGCACUCUGCAGUCUCCCAACGUGUCCGUCGCCAACGGCCGAAACGUCAAGGAUCCCGCGAAAGCGAACGUCGAUUCUGUUCAAGAUGAAUCGUCACUUCCGACAUCGCCGUCGUCUUCCGCCGUCUUCUCGAUGAAACCGUCGCCACCGAAGAUCCCAUCAGGCGCACUGGAAGCCAGAAGCAGUCCCGUAAGUAGUCGAGCGGCGCCGAUGAGCCCGCAGAUCCCGACGCGGAAGAAUCGCGCUCACACGGCGCCGUUUCCGGACGCGCCCGAGAAUCGAGCGGAGUCAGCGAGGCGGGCCCAAUCCGCGACGAUGCUGCGUGCACCGGAAGUGGAGGAUCCAUCGCGGGCAAGAGUGGUCGCGUCGCCGCGCCCGACGCCACUGCGAGCGGACAAUUCCGGCGUCGUGGCGUCAUCCACUCCGCGUGUCUCCGCGAGAUCGGCUGCUCGAGCUGAGCGAGCAGCCGCGGCGCCGAUAACGAGCGACAUGGCCGAGGCGAGUCCUCAGCUCUUAAACAACAUUUUGCCUGCUCGAGCGGAAGGCUCGCCGACAUCAUCGCGCGCGACCACGCAGAUCAACGUGUCGGCCACCUCUCACUUGGUAAUGCAGAGCUUCAGCGCUCUUCAGGAUCUCGCGGCGAACGGCAGCGGUGCACCACCCUCACCGAUUAACAGUCGACCCGAUCGGCGAGCUGAGAAGGUGACCCUGACCUACGGCAAGGACGUGUACGAGCACUACGGAAUCGCCCAUGGGGCUAUCCUGCCCAUGAGGGUGAACAUCGUCAGGCAGGACUCCGCCGGAAGCGGCAGCCGAUCCGCGAGUAACUGAAGUGGCGCUAGAGGUUGCACAGGAUCAUCCCCAAGGACGCGGAACCGGAAGCCUGUCGCGGAGCUAUCGAAUGUACUGUCGCUACAUCUGGAAGUGGUACAUAUUUGGCGAGAUGUUUGUUCGGAGCACGUGAUACUUCUUUCUCUGGAGGCUGUCUACGUGGAUGGAAAGAUUCGAGGAGAAGAUACCGGGAUCGGAGAUACGGAUAGACAUGAUAUACGCAAAGCGUGCGUAUAUUUGCCGUCCAUGCGCAUGCAAUAUGUAUUCAACAAAGUCGAGAUCGAAUUGCGUGAUCGUCGACAGUUCCCUUGGAACGUAGAAAUAUCGACGAUGCUUUGACGUUUGGGUAUGCGAAAUAAAAUAAAGUUACGCACGUACACCUCGCGCCUGCGCGAGGAGGAAUGGCAUUAUAUUGAACAGAGUGGACACUGUGUAUAUCCGGAUGCAGGAGACAUCGUGUUAUGCACGUCGCACUUCAUUAGUCUCAAAGGACACUUAUAUCGCCACGUGUCGCUCGCUCCAUCGGGCAUAACGGGAUAAAAUUAACGCGGCAUCACGAAAGAGGUGCACCGUGCAUUGUGCCGAGAUGCUGUUAGCGUGCCAUCGUUUUAAACGUGAGAAUCGCUCGCAGUUUUUUCCCUCGUCCGAACGUGACGAAGCGUUUUUCUUCGGCUCUCGUGUAAAUCCGUUGAUCGCGCGACGCGGCGAAUGCUCCUCCUCGGGAGCAGCGCGGAGGAAAUAGAUGCGAUCCAUGAAAUGCUAAUUAAUUAAAUGCGAUCACAUCGAAUACAAUUGGUUGCCAUGCCUUGUGAUAUUAGCAAUUGUUAUAAUAAUAUUAUAAUAAUAUAAGUUGUAAUCUUCUUCUUUGAAAAUUCUUGCUUUAUUUUCAAGAAGGGCAUCUUCAACAUGGGUAACGCAUGGCGUUUCAGCUCGACAUCAUUUAUUGUAACAUAUUUACGAUAUUAUCCAAAACGUUGAGUUAUAUAUUACAACGCGCGUUAUAAUAUAUUGCCCAACGUUUUAACUUGAUAUCCUUAACUCAUCCUUCUAAAAGCCCCCAUUAAAAAGUUAACGUCGCGUCAUGUAAUAAAUUUUGCCAUUUCGCUCGAUGUAAUACACAGCUCACGCGCAUCAAGUAUUCCGAAAACGGGGAAACGCGAUACACCGUUCGACGUUCGGCGCAGAGACAGGUCGCUCGAAUAAAUCAUCGCGACGGCGUUUCGGACACAUGCUCCAUGUGUCACCGAUACAUUGAACAGCGGAUUGUUCGCGCUGGCAUGCAUCGCGGCCAUUUGCAGAAUCGAUAUAUAUUUCAUUUCCCGUUGCUUCUCGUGUACAAUCGCUCCGGCCAGCCUCAUCCUCACAGCGAGCCGCCUUGUGCCAAGUGUUACAUUUAGUGUCCUUUUUUGGAAAAAAAUUCAUGCUUUAUUCUCGGAAAUUAUAAAGAAUCUCGCAAUAUAUAAAGAAUGUAAUAUAAAAUUGAAUAAUAUUCGAAAUAAAUGAAUAACAUACGCGCGAGAUAAUUGGCGAUACUUUUAUUUCCAUACUGGGAUGCGUUUGUCAGCCGCGUGGCGGAGUUAAUUAAUAAUACUGUACGUGUCCGAUAUUGCCUGAUUUAUGGACGCCGCGUCGGCGACUAUUAGAUAAGCCACCUUCGGCGGCGAGUUCCGUUUAAACUCCGAGCCGUUGCUCGCUACUAUUAGCACGGGGUGAGAGCGAGGAUGGCGCAAGGGCGCACAGGGAGAACGCGCAGGACGGGAAGGACGAAGUGGCAGCCGCGGGGGGUGGCGGCGAGAGGACCGCGCGUUCGCCGAUGCGGAAAUAAUUCCCGGCCGGGUCGCGGCACGAAUUAAUUAAGAGAUACGUAAGUAGCGCAUAUUGCGCAGGAGACGCAAUUACCGUCGUCUUUGACGCCGCGGAUUAACGUGCGAAAGAUACACUUUGGAGGGAAAGGAGGAAGGACCGCUGCAAGAGAGUAGUUUAUUGUCGCGAGAACUACCUGGAAUAUCGCGAUGCGACCGGCUCGAAGCAGUAUCUCGAAACUUUUACGAGGCAUGGCGCGUUAAUUGGUGUUCAAGUUAACAUUGCUCGCGGGAGGAAUUACUCAUCGACACUUUUCGUGUUACUCGGACACGUACCAUCCGUGUAGCGAGCGGACAAGUUGUCCGUUUUCGCAAUACGCUACCGCGGAGACACUGUCACGCGCCGUUAAUAAAUUAAUAUCGAUCGGCAGGAGUUAAUUGAUGCCGGCAUAUGUAUGACCGGUGUAUGUAUUAUACUAAUUAGAUUAUGCUAUUGCCAGCUAAUUAGAUUAGCCGGCGAUAAUGAAUGCUCGAUUUUACACGUUUGCGAGCGCGAUUGAAGAGAAAAUCUACAGAGAAUCAACGCGCGAUCUACAGUGCGCCCUUUUAAUUCAGCAGCCCAUCAUGGCGUUGCGAGACAUUCUGAACCGCACGAAGCUGCCGAUUAAUUAUUGCCUGUACCUCGCGUCCGCUCGCUAAGCGGUCGCAAUUGUCCUUGAUACGUUAUAGAGCGCAGCUGUCAACAAGCGAUUGACCGAAAAUCGUCGCUUCGCAGAGUGUCACGGCGUGACACCUUUGCCGCCCGUUAGCGAGGCCCAAAAGCCGCGCGGAUGAAAAUUGAUGAAACCACAAUUGAUGUUAAUGGCGCGCCGCAAUUCCCCCCUCGACCGAUCCUCUGCAUCCUCGUUUCGACGGGGGCUGCUUCGAGGAUUGAUCUUGGAUUUGCGCGCGAGGUCUGCGUUCCACGAGAAUAUUGCGAGUUUGUUAUUAACGAUGCUACUACGAUAAAUAAAACAAAAAUAUUUCUCA